AUGGACAUCGCCACCUGGAUGACCAACCACACGAGGUGGGCAGACUUCAUCCUGGUGGGACUCUUCAGUCAAUCCCAGCACCCAGCUCUGCUGUGUGUGGUCAUCUUCCUGGUUUUCCUCAUGGCCCUGUCUGGAAAUGCUCUCCUGGUCCUCCUGAUACACUCCAACACCCAGCUCCACACCCCCAUGUACUUCUUCAUCAGCCAGCUGUCCCUCAUGGACAUGAUGUACAUCUCCAUCACUGUGCCCAAGGUGCUUCUAGACCAGGUGCUGGGCGUGAGUACCAUCUCGGUCCCUGAAUGUGGGCUGCAGAUGUUCCUCUAUCUGACCUUAGGUGGUUCAGAACAUUUCCUUCUGGCAGCCAUGGCCUAUGACCGCUACGUGGCCAUCUGCCAUCCACUCCGUUACCCUGUCCUCGUUAACCGCAAGGUGUGUCUCCUCCUGGCAUCUGGGUGCUGGUUCCUGGGAUCAGUGGAUGGCUUCAUGCUGACUUCCGUCACCAUGACCUUCCCAUUCUGCAGAUCCCAGGAGAUCCAGCACUUCUUCUGUGAAGUCCCUGCCGUGAUGAAGCUCUCCUGCUCGGACACCUCACUCUACGAGACGCUCAUGUACCUGUGCUGUGUCCUCAUGCUCCUCAUCCCCGUGACAGUCAUCUCAGGCUCCUACUCCUGCAUCCUGCUCACCAUCCACAGGAUGAACUCAGCAGAGGGCAGGAGGAAGGCCCUGGCCACCUGCUCCUCACACAUGAUGGUGGUCACGCUCUUCUAUGGGGCUGCUGUCUACACCUACAUGCUCCCCAGCUCCUACCACACCCCACAGAAGGACAUGGUGGUGUCCGUCUUUUACACCAUACUCACUCCUGUGCUAAAUCCUUUAAUCUAUAGUCUUAGGAAUAAGGAUGUCAUGGGAGCCCUAAAGAAAAUGUUGAAUGCAGGACCAGUUUUUAAAGAAGCCACAACAUAG